GAUACAGAUAUUAACCUUCACAUCCCAUCAUUCGCGAGGCGAUGAACCGAUUGAAGCAUAAAGCCUAAAAGGCAACAUCCAAUCCUUAACCCUAAUGCUUGUGUGAUAAUCAUUCCUGGUUUUUGAUUUGAUUGAUUUGUUGGCUUCUUUAAUUAUGGCAUCUGAGAGCGCUUCUCGAUCUAGUUCCGCCGCCGAUUCUUAUGUUGGCAGUUUGAUAAGCUUGACCUCCAAGAGUGAGAUCAGAUAUGAAGGCAUACUGUACAAUAUUAACACCGACGAGUCCAGUAUUGGGCUCAGAAAUGUGCGAUCAUUCGGAACAGAGGGGAGGAAAAAGGAUGGUCCACAAAUUCCUCCAGGAGACAAGGUGUAUGAGUAUAUACUGUUUCGUGGGAGCGACAUUAAGGAUUUACAGGUUAAAUCUUCUCCACCUGUACAUCCUACUCCACCAAUCAACAAUGACCCAGCUAUUAUUCAGUCUCACUAUCCUCGCCCAGUCACCACAUCUACCAGCUUACCUUCUUCAGGAAGUGGCCCUUUGAAUGAUCUUAAUUCCCAUACAAGUCAGCUUGGAAUGCCUGGGACAAAUUUUCCUGGGCCCUUGCCUUUGUAUCAACCUGGAGGGAACCAGGGAUCAUGGGGAGCUUCACCGGCUGCCCCAAAUGCAAAUGGUGGUGGUCUUGCUAUGCCAAUGUAUUGGCCAGGAUAUUAUGGUGCCCCAAAUGGCCUUCCUCAUAUACCCCAGCAGUCUUUGCUUCGACCACCUCCUGGCUUAUCGAUGCCUUCUUCAAUGCAGCAGCCAAUUCAGUAUACCAAUUUUAACGCCGCUCUGCCAACUGGAUCUUCAACUUUGCCAGAACUCCCACUGUCUUUAGUCUCUGCAAGUUCUAGUUCCCCUAUUGUAACAUCUGCUUCUUUACCACAACCAAAUCUGGCAUCAACUUUACCACCAGUACCUUCUACUGCAUUAGCUUCUGAAACCUUGCCCAUAUCAAUGCCAAACAAGGCACCUACUAUUUCGCUUGUAACAGCCACGCUUGCAGCUAACUUACCAUCAUUGACUCCUUUGGUCGCUUCCAGUCUAGAUGUAAAUGCUAUAGUGCCACCAAUCUCCAACAAACCUAAUGCAGCUUCAAGUUCAAGCUUGCCGUAUCAAACUGUAUCCCAAUUGACACCUGCCAAUGUUGGGACAAAUUCUGUCCGUGCAGAAACAACCACCCCUUCUCUGGUAACACCGGGUCAAUUAUUGCAGUCUGGACCAAGCAUAGUUUCUCCAUCUACUUCUGUGCAGACCUCCCAUAAGGAUGUUGAAGUGGUUGAGGUUUCAUCAACGUCAUCUCCAGAUCUUACUGCGCCAGUUUCUGCUGAAAAUCAACCCCCCAUACUGCCAUUGCCAGUGACCUCACGACCAACUCAUAGGCCUAGUGGGUGUGCUCAAAGUUAUCAGCAUCAUAGUUAUGGUUACAGGGGUCGUGGAAGAGGAAGAGGAACUGGGGGUCCACGCCCAGUCACAAAAUUUACUGAAGACUUUGAUUUCACGGCAAUGAAUGAGAAGUUCAAUAAGGAUGAAGUAUGGGGUCAUCUUGGUAAAACCAACAAGUCACAUUCAAAAGAAAAGGACGGGGAAGAAAAUGUUAGCGAUGUGGAUGAUGGUCAAGAUGGUUACAAUGGUGAAGAAUCAAAAGUUGAGGUUAAGGCUGUCUACAAUAAGGAUGAUUUCUUCGACACACUCUCUUGCAACUCGCUUGACCAUGAUCAACAUAAUGGAAGGACUAGAUAUUCGGAACAAAUUAAGAUUGAUACUGAGACAUUUGGUGAUUUUAUGAGGCAUCGAGGUGGUCGAGGAGGCCGUGGUCUCUUACGUGGUGGUCGUUUUCGGGGCGGUUAUUAUGGGAGAGGAUAUGGUUAUACACCAAGAGGAAGAGGACGUGGCAUGUCAGGUCGUCCUUAGGUGUCUGUAUGUGUUUGAGACCUCAAGUUUCGCGGGCAAAAGUCACUUGCUAAAGUAGCAAAUUAUCUCGAGGCUAUGCUGCAAUAUCUGUUAUAUCUGGUUUCUGUUUUUUCCGCUCAAUAAGUAGGACAUUGUCUUAUCUCUUCAUUUGCCCACUUUUGUUAACCAUGCCCUGAAGCAUCUGGUUCGGUGGAAAGAAUUUUACACCAUUUUUAUUUUAGCGAAUCAAGAAGGUAAAAGAUUAGACUAGUUUCUUUGGGAUAUACGUGUUGUUAAGAAAUGUAAGCAAAUCAGAGCAGACAUAUUUUGCAUUGUAAAUGCAAGGUCACCUUUUUUAGGCA